UAAAAGACAUUUUUAAGUAUUUUCAUUCAUUGAGUAAAAUGAGGAACACGAACCAAAUAUCGUUUCAGCAACACAAUGUAUUGAUGAUGAAACUGUUGAUUGUGCCAAGAUGAACUCGAUCUUCCACAUCUGCAAUGACACACAUCAAGCCAAACUUGUCUGUCCGAAAUUCUGCAACUUAUGCAAACUUGUUGAUGGCAUAUGGGCAGAAUGGUCAAAUUGGGGUACAUGCUCGCUUAAAAGUGGUGUGUGUACGCAAACGAGAUUUCGAACAUGCACCAAUCCUGCUCCUGUUUUUGGAGGACUUGGUUGUGAAGGAAGGAAUACUGAAACCAGAAAAUGCUCAAUCCAUUUUUGUCCUGGAGUAUGUGCUGGAAAAGAGUACUUAAAUGCAAGUUUAACAAACGUUGCUAAAGGUAAAGGCGUCACAUUGAGUUCAUUAUACGACUCAAUUUCUCCGGGAUCACUUAUGGUGGAUGGAAAUCGUGACAGCUCCUGGCCAUGUGCUUGCACUUUAAACAGUGAUCAUCCGUACGCCAUUAUCGAUUUGCAGCAUCCGUUUAACAUACAUUCCAUGUACAUUGUGAACAGAGGAGACUGUUGUCCUGAAAGGCUAAAUAAUUUGGCUGUGUUCGUUGGAAACUCAACAUCGAGUUUGAGCCUUGCUGCACAACACCCAGGUCCUAUUGGUGCAGACUGUAUCUUAGUAUUCGAUUCAGCAGUACUUGGACGAUAUGUAAAACUACAAAUACAAGGAGUGUCUUAUCUUACAAUUUGUGAACUCGAAAUAUAUGCUGAAUAAAAAUGUUCAUCCCAAAACUUUAUCUUUCCAAAUGUUUCUCCAUAUGAUAUACUCUCUCACCGCUUCAGGGCGCCAGUUCCGUCAGGGACAUUGGGUUAUUAUAUGUGAGGAAGGUACC